CCCCACAUGGGUUAGAGGAAGUGGAUGGAAAUAAACGGGCCAAGAAAAGACUGUCACAACAGCUGUGGAACCAAACAGUCGGAAAUGAUCUGACUAUUGGGUCAGAUACCGUGAAUUCCGUGUACGGGUGGUGUAGAAGUACAAUACAAAAUAACAUGGUGAGCACACGGGAGCUUCUGUCGACCAUGCCGUUACUUUUCGCCUUUCUACAGCCGUUACUUUUCGCCUUUCUUCUCGCUCUUGUUUCCGCCACUGACGCCACUCCGCACCGGACAGAACGCCUCAGCUCCGCCGUGGAGGAUACGACGGAAACUUACAAUAAUUACUACAAUUAUGAGAGUUUAACGGGACGCUUGCAGUCUUUAGCUCGGAGAUACCCACAAAUAGCCAACCUGUCGAGCGUUGGUCGGUCUGUGGAGGACAGAGAGCUUUGGGUGAUGCGGAUUACAACGGAUCCCGACAAAGAACUACCGGGUAAACCCAAAUUUAAAUAUGUCGGCAACAUGCACGGCGACGAAACCGUAUCCCGACAGGUGCUGGUGUACCUGAUUGAGUACCUGUUGACGAACUAUGGAGAGGAGCCGAGAGUCACUCAACUCGUCAACACCACGGAUAUUUACAUCCUCCCCAGCAUGAACCCAGACGGCUUUGAGAAAUCCACAGAGGGGGACUGCAAUGGCGACAGCGGAGGAAGAAGUAAUGCAAAAAACAUGGAUCUAAACAGGAGCUUUCCUGACCAGUAUUACGACACCACUGUUCCCCCGGAUGACGUUCCCGAGGUCACUGCAAUGAUUAAGUGGAUCCAGGAGAAAAAAUUCGUCCUGUCAGCAAACCUGCAUGGUGGAACGGUGGUUGCGAGUUACCCUUACGAUGACACAGCGGCCCACAAUCGUCAGGGGCACUACAGCAAAUCAGAGGAGGAUGGCCUGUUUCGACACCUGGCCUUGGUGUAUUCCCAGAACCACCCGGUGAUGAAGACCGGUGAGCCAAACUGUCCUGAUGCCCAAGGAGAAAACUUUAAGGAUGGCAUCACCAAUGGAGCCGAGUGGUACGACGUGCCUGGUGGGAUGCAGGACUACAACUACCUCCAUGGGAACUGUCUGGAGAUCACUGUGGAGCUCAGCUGCUGCAAGUAUCCCUUAGCCUCUGAGCUUCAAGGGGAAUGGGAUAUGAACAGGGAAUCCUUACUGGCCUAUAUGGAACAGGUACACAUGGGUGUUCGAGGCUAUGUGACAGAGGCCAUCAGCGGUGCUGCUCUCACUAAUGUCAACAUUGUAGUGGCUGGAAUUCGCCACAACCUGACCACAGGGAAUUUUGGGGACUACUAUCGUCUGCUGCUCCCAGGGACGUACAACAUCACAGCCAUGGCUCCAGGGUAUUCACCGAUGACAGUUAACAGUGUCGAAGUCGUAGAGGGCAAAGCCACUCAACUCAACUUCACACUUGCACCUGUCGUCAGCGAAGCUGCUGGUUCCACGUCCACCCUGCCUGCAAGCUCCACCCCUGUGACUGCCACCUCCAGCACCACUGCAGAUGUGUCCAUCUCCACCCAGACUCACGGGUCCACGGACAAACUUCCCGUUCCUCAGCCGCCGCCACCAGAAACGCAGCCAAUCCAGCCACGGGACUUUAGACACCACCACUUUGCAGACAUGGAGCUUUUCUUACGGAAGUACAAGAGCGAGUUUCCCUCCAUCACCCACCUUUAUUCCGUUGGCAACUCGGUGCAGUCACGUGCGCUCUAUGUGAUGGUCAUCUCUGAUAACCCCAAAGUACACGAACAUGGUGAGCCAGAAUUCAAGUACGUGGCCAACAUGCACGGUAACGAAGUGGUGGGUCGGGAGCUCAUGCUCAACCUGAUCGAGUAUCUCUGCAGUAACUAUGGCAGUGACCCAGAGGUCACCUGGCUAGUCAACAACACCCGCAUUCACAUCAUGCCCUCGAUGAACCCUGACGGCUACGAGGUGUCCAGGGAAGGCGAUGUAAAGGGAGUCAGAGGACGGAACAACAGCAAUGACUAUGACCUGAAUCGCAACUUCCCCGAUCAGUUCACUGAGAACGCCGUGCCCAGACAACCAGAGACGAUCGCUGUGAUGAACUGGCUGAGGAGCAUCCCCUUCGUUCUGUCUGCCAACUUGCAUGGAGGGUCUUUGGUGGUCAACUACCCCUACGAUGACGACAAAGAAGGGAUAAGUCAUUACAGCAAGGCCCCCGAUGACCAGGUUUUCCAGCAGUUGUCCAGGGCAUAUUCACAGGAGAACCCUCUGAUGCACAAUGGACACCCUUGUCCGGACGUUUACCCUAAUGACUAUUUUGAGGAUGGCAUCACCAAUGGUGCAAACUGGUACAACGUCGCUGGUGGCAUGCAGGACUGGAACUAUUUAAACACCAACUGCUUUGAGUUGACCAUUGAGCUGGGUUGUGUAAAAUUCCCCUGGGCCAAGGAUCUGCCUUCUUACUGGGAACAGAACCGAAGAGCCCUGAUUAAGUUUAUCUACCAGGUUCACACUGGAGUGAAGGGCACAGUCUCUGACAGCAGUGACGGUACAGGAAUCCCCAACGCCACCAUCAGUGUUGCAGAGAUAAAGCAUAACAUCACCACCGCCCUCACUGGAGACUACUGGAGACUUCUGACUCCCAACACUUACUCUCUCACAGCCUCUGCUCAUGGGUAUGAGUCUGUGACGACGUACGCAACGGUCUCAAAGGACGGCGUGGAAGUGGUGGAUUUCCGGCUGACGCGUUUGAACUCCGCCUCCAAAAGCCAAAAUGGGCCGCAGCCCACACAGGACCCAUCCGAGAAGGAGCUCCAGAGCUUGAUCAAGGAACUCUCCAUUGGCCAGGGUUUGGAGGAGUUGGUCAAGAGCACGGCCACAGAGAGCAGCUUCCGCUACAGACGCUACAAAGAAAUAUCGGAGUUUAUGAGGGGGCUGACUCUGAACUUUCCUACAGUUACAUCUUUACGCAGCUUGAGGCAAAGUGUAGAGAUUCGAACCAUCUGGGCUCUGGAAAUCUCUAACAAACCCGGAGAAGCAGAUCCAUCAAAACCAACCAUCCGUUUCGUAGCAGGGAUCCAUGGGAAUGCCCCAGUGGGUACAGAGCUGCUGCUGGAGUUUGCUGCCCUCCUGUGUAUCAACUAUGGCAAAAACCCCGCUAUCACCACGUUAAUCAACAACACCCGGAUCAUCAUAGUGCCCUCCAUCAACCCUGAUGGACGAGAGCAGGCCGUCGAGAAGGAGUGCACCUCAACCCGCGGCUUCUCCAACGCACAUGGAAAGGACCUGGACGCUGACUUCAACAUGGGCAAUGGAUCGCAGCUGGUGGCAGAGAAAGUAGAACCAGAGACCAGAGCGAUGAUGGAGUUGAUCAAGCAAAAACACACUCUGUCCGUGGCUCUAGACGGAGGCGCCUUGGUCGCCACCUAUCCUUAUGAUAAACCUGUACAAUCAGUUGAAAAUGAGGGUACACUGAAGUACUUGGCAAGUGUUUACUCCAACAACCAUCCCAAAAUGCACCUUGGCAACACUGGAUGCUCAAUUAAUGGACAAACGACCAACAUCCCUGAUGGUGUAAUGAGGGCUGCGGAGAAACAAAGCCACAUGGGGAGCAUGAAGGAUUUCAGCAUGGACUAUGGCCAGUGUCCUGAAAUCACAGUCUACACCGGCUGCUGUUUGUUCCCUGCAGCUGGGCAGCUGGCCACACUGUGGGCAGAAAAUAAAAAAGCUCUCCUCAGCAUGUUAGUAGAGGUGCAUAAAGGAGUGCGUGGUGUAGUGAGGGACAAAAGAGGUUGGCCCAUCGUCGGAGCCGUCAUUGUUCUCAAUGGGGGCGCGAGGGUGAGGACGUCAGAGGGCGGGCACUUCCACGUGCUGCUGGCUCCUGGCAGCCACAAAAUCGAAGCUGUUGCUGACGGCUUUCAACAACAACGUCAGGAGGUGGUGGUCUAUUCCCAUGAAGCUGCCAGAACCAUUAUCAUUGAGUUUGACAUGGACAACAGUAUCUUUGGGCUGCCCAGAGAGUUUGUAGUGGCAAGUGCAGCUGCCUCCAUGACAGCACUGGUGGUGACGGCGUGCAUUAUCUGGUGCGUGUGUGCCGCCAAAUCUAAUCACCAGAAGGACGGCUUCCACCGGUUGCGACAGCACCGAGACGAAUACGACGACGAGAUACGGCUCACGUCCAUGGGAUCCAAGAAGUCCCUAUUGGCCCACGAGUUUCAGGACGAGAGUGAAAGUGAGGAGGAGACACUUUACGCCAACAAACUCUGAGAGAACCGUCCGUCGGGUGGAUCUGUGUUUGUCUUUAUUUCGAUACCCCUUAAAUCGUUUAUCUCCGGGUUGAACCAGAGAUAUGCCAUCUGUGUCGAGCAGAGUAAGAAGUGACAAGGUGGCUUCUCCGUUACACUGACAAGCUCUUGGAACUUGCUUCUGUCAGAGAAGAUCAGGCUCAGACUGUGGUUCCAAAGUGUCCUGUUUUUGAGCCUUGAGAUUUUUAUUUUGAGAGCUCUUUGUGACCAUUUCCUGUCUUUGCAGGCUGACGAGAUCAAGUCGUGAAGUCCAAAAUAAACACCUUGUGUCAUAAAUGUGUAAUGAAGUAUAGUGCGUCAUCUCACAAACUUGCAGAAUUUACCAAUUGCUUUCUUUUAUUUUUAUUUUUUUUUAAGGAAA